AUGGAGGUUUUCCACGAGUAUGUUGCAGUUGCGAAGGUCUACGCCUUCCCGAUUGCUGGCAUGCUGCUAGUCCUGUACCCUGCUGCUCUGAUGGCCUGGACAGUCAUUGAGGGUAACAACUCAAAGAAGGAGCGAGACGACUCGCAGGAGCAGCUUGGAAAGAGCAAGGAGCUCGACUUCCAAAAGCCGCAAAAAGUUAUCAAACGAACAAUGUGGGAAGGAGUCAACUGGACUCACACAGCCAAAUGCUUUAAGCUUCGCCGCAGCAGCAGCCUAGCCACUGGACUUGCAGUCGUCGCCGCCCUCCUGGCAGCUCGACAGCUCAUCUCUUCAUGUUUCGUUUCCGUGCCCGUGAUGAAAACCGCUCUGCCCCAUUUGGGCCAGGAGGGACAGGCCCCACCAGUGACGGAAGCCUGGAAUUUUAUUGACUACAAGCCCGUUGUGGCUGCGUUUUCCGCGGCAGCAGCUGCGGGCGUUGCUUUGAAGCGGCUCUCUUUUCCGCGUCCGUGCCAUGCAUGGGCGCUUGGUCGGCGAGGCGGCGCCACUCAGCGCCGUGCUACCUUCGCGAAGUCGGCAGAUGUCAGCCAGCCAGGCCUUUUCGAUCGGCAGCUUUCCGGACCGUGGACCGCUGCAGAAGCACCAGCUGCACACGAGGACACCAAUAGUCCUGCGGAUGCUCCACCCUCUUUGUGGCAUGAUGUUGACCUGUAUGUCAAAUCAUGGCUCGACGAGCCCACGGCAAUGCUGCGUUACGUCAACGAAAUGCCCAUGGGCACUCUCCGCAAGUUUGAAGUGCAGCCCGACGCUCCGAACAACGCCAUCGAAGAGGAUAUGAAAGGUUCUAAGAAGCUGGCGGCCUUCGGGAAGCCGGUCCCGUUCAACUACGGUUGCUUUCCACAAACCUAUCGGGAUCCCGAGAAGGCUGAUGACCUCUACCAGGCCCCUGGUGAUGAUGAUCCACUGGAUGUGAUUGACCUCGCCGAUACUCCAACGGAGGUUGGCACAAUUGUCCGUUGCCGAGUUCUCGGUGCAGUUUGCCUUAUCGACGAAGGCCAAGCAGAUUGGAAAGUCCUGGUUGUGAAUGUGGACUCGAAGAGUGCCCUCGCCAAUGCCUACACAGUUGAAGAUGUGGAGCGAAUUUCGCCAGGGCGUAUCCAGGCUUGCUGGACCUGGAUGGAUGAGCUCAAGCGUGGAGGAGGAAAGGGAAAUGCUACACUUCAUCGUGAGAUUCACGACGCCAACCGUGCGUUGAAGUUGAUCGCCCAGGGCGCUGGUUCCAUGGGCACGCUGGAUCCAGGAGCUUGCAAGCUCUUCGUUGGUGGCAUCUCAGCGCAGACGAGCACCCAUGCACUUCACAGCCACUUCGCGAAGUAUGGGCACGUCAUUGACGCCGUGGUCAUGUCCAGAGAUGGCAAAGCAAGAGGCUUUGGUUUCGUGACCUUCAGCUCAGUAGUGGCGGCGGUGAACGCACUUUCUGAGCCGCAGUGGCUGGACGGAAGACUCGUUGACGUCAAGAGAGCUGUUCCUGGAGAGCGCGUCCAGGAAAGAAGCUCCAACAAGGUUUUCAUUGGCGGACUGCCGCAGGAUGUUACGACCGAAGCCCUCCGCGAGUACUUUGGAGCCUACGGACCUGUUGCAGACGCCGUGGUCAUGGUGGACCGCCGAACGCGUCGGUCUCGCGGCUUUGGCUUCGUUCGCUUUGCCAACGGCCCUCAGGGGGCUCAAGCAGCACAGGCUGUCCUCAUGGACUUUGCUGAUCACUGGCUUGGAGGCAAGUGGGUGGAGGUCAAGCCUGCCACGCCGGCUGCGAUGCUUCAGGAAAUGGCGAAUUGCCUGGAGAGGUCUUCCUCAGCGCAGCUGGAUGCAGAUCUCAGACAUUGUUUAGACACUGGCAACCCGUGGGACGCGCGGGGCUACGAAGGCAAAGCAGCCUGGUCGAACAAGGGGCAAAGCCUCGCCAGAAGAGGGCGACAAGCUCCUGGCAGGCAGGCUCCCUUGCCUACGCUGCUGGGAAGCACCACCGGCUCCCGUGCAGCUGCUGCCAAGCAACAAGCAGCUCAGCCCUGUUGGCCACCAGCUGCAGGCCACUUUCCUGGUGAUCCGCGUGCAAUGCAAGGUCUCCUAUCAUCUCCUAUGAAGGUCGCCUGCGGAGGUGGCUACUUCGUGCCGGGGGUUGCUGAGGACGGAUUUGGCUUGCCGACCUACAUGCCGCCAGAGGUCUAA